ACACUGGAAGAAAAGGUGAAGACAGAUCAUAGACACACGGCUCGUCAGUGGUCAUCAUACAUGAGCAUUAGCUGAGACUCUGGAUUUUCUUUUUUCCAUGAAGACGAGGACGUAUCUUUAAUUCUCUCCCUGUUUUUCUGGCAUCAGCCACAGUUUGGGACAAUCGCUGUUGACGGACACGCAAACAAAAAAGCCGGAUUUUCGUUGUUUUUCCGAAUUUUUUUUAUUUAUCGCUCUACACUCACACACACAUUGCAAGAAUGUGGUCUUGUAUCACAGACUUCUUCACCUAUGAAACCACCAAGUCAGUGGUGGUGAAGAGCUGGACCAUCGGCAUCAUCAACCGCGUCGUCCAACUUCUCAUCAUCACUUACUUCAUUGGGUGGGUCUUUGUCCAUGAGAAGGCCUACCAGGUGAGAGACACGGCCAUCGAGUCCUCGGUGAUGACCAAGGUCAAAGGUUUUGGAAUCUACAACGACAAGGUCAUGGAUGUAGCCGACUACGUGACUCCAGGACAGGGAGCUUCAGUGUUCUGCAUCAUCACCAAAAUGAUCACGACAGAGAACCAAGUCCAAGGAUACUGUCCUGAGAGUGAGAAGAAGUAUAUUUGUACCCAGGACAGUAACUGCACCAGAUACCUCAACAAACCAGGAGGUUAUGGAAUUCUCACUGGGAAGUGUGUUCCCUUCAACGCCACCAUCAGCAUGUGUCAGAUAAAAGGGUGGUGUCCUGCUGAGAUAGACACCAUCAAGACUACACCAAUGAUGGAAGUAGAGAAUUUUACCAUUUUCAUCAAGAACAGCAUCCGCUUCCCAACCUUCAACUAUACCAAGGGGAACUUCCUUCCGACUAUCACUGGAGCUUACAUCGCAAAAUGUAACUUCGACAAGGUCAACAACACCUACUGCCCGAUCUUCAGGGUGGGAGACGUCAUCCGCUACGCGCAGCAGAACUUCACCAAACUGGCAGACAAGGGAGGAGUGAUCGGAAUAAAGAUCGGCUGGAUGUGUGACCUGGACAAGUCGGACGACCAGUGUAACCCGUCUUACUCGUUCACACGACUGGACGCCUUGUCGCAGAAGAACGCUAUUUCACCUGGCUACAAUUUCAGGUUUGCCAAAUACUAUAAAAUGGAGAAUGGGACGGACUACCGCACUCUGGUCAAAGCCUACGCUAUCAGGUUUGAUGUUCUGGUCAAUGGAAAUGCGGGGAAGUUCAACAUGAUCCCAACACUCAUCAACAUGGUGGCAGCCUUCACAUCAGUAGGAGUGGGAACGGUGCUGUGUGACAUCAUACUGCUGAACUUCCUGAAAGGAGCUGAGCAAUAUAAAGCCAAAAAAUUUGAAGAGGUGUCAGACAGCCCGAUGGAAGGCAAAGGUUUAUACCGCACGCAGCUGUCACUCAGACAAGACGAGACCAUGAUGAGGUCCAGCGACUCAGGAGCGUUUUCUAUCGAACAUUACAGCUGAACAGAACAUCUGAGGAACCUUGAACUGACGAAAACGGAUAUUUAAUAGAAGAAAUAAACAAAUAUAAGCUUGUUGAAUCUGUUUCUGGAAGAGAAAAUGAUUUUCUUUGCUUCUUUUAUACCUCCUGAAUUGCUUUUGC